AUGCCAGCUCUGAAGGACCUGGUGUGCCAGGUCCUGUGGGCUGACACAGGUUCUCCUUUCCCAGAGUAUGGCACACAAUAUGGAGAUGGCGUCGUCGAAUCCUACAUUGCAAUUCCUAACCAUCCUCAACCUUUCACUAUUCAACUGACCUCCCGAAAAUUCAUCUUCGAAGGCCUAUCUAUGAUCGUUUUCAUUGAUGGAAGCUACCAGUGCAAUCGUAACCGGGUCAAUCUGAAGCCUCCCAAGGAAGGCGUGCCGAGGAACAGGACCGAAAUUGAUUUUGUUGUGAGACAAAAGGAAAAAGUAAUCGGUGAUGGAACAUACAUGGGACGUGAAUGGCGCUUUGACGAUUACAAUAUCGUUUCUCAACUGCCACAGGGCGUCAAUGAAAGCCAUUUUGAUGAGCUUGGAACCAUAGAAGUCUUGGUCCUCCGAUGCUGCAUCGGCACUUCAGGAGAAUUUGAGAUGUCUACAGCCUCUUCGGGCGAGGAUAGUGCUGUUCUUGGUGGUGGCGACGAUGAUUCGCAAGAAAGUAAAACAAACAAAUCUGACACGGCGUCGCGGAGGGAAGAGAAUUCCGCAGAGGUCGAAGGCCAACGUGAACUAGAUGGGGUCCUCGGCGGCUUUUCUGGUGGAAUUUUUGACGGACUGGCCGAUCAACCUCCGCUCUCCCUUGGGACUCAAGGUGAUGCCCCUUCAACGAGUUAUCACGGAUGGAACUGGCAACAAGCGCAACACGCGCAUCGGGGACGACCUGCGCCAUAUGGCCUGCAAGAGGGGCAGUUUUACCCACAGAAUUAUUGGCCAGUGUCUGGACGAUAUGAAGAGCCCACUAGAUCAUCGGACAUCUAUCGAGCUCUACCGUCAUCGUCAAUAUACCGACAGCCUGCACUUGGACCUGCCAAACCAGGGCGACAUGUUCACUUUGACUACAGUGCGCCUCAUGUUGGUUCACAUUUUAGAUAUGACGACCGGCCCCUGCAUCGUAGCCAACCAGGUUGCAGAGGUGACAAUGGUUAUGUACGACCGCAAACAGCCUCUGGCCGCUUGGAAUCGACUUCUCGUCGAGGAGCCAAUCCCUGCUCAGACUAUCCACUCCCGCCUCACGAUGGCCACUAUUUCUACAAUGCUGACCAGAAGAUUUACAGUCGGUAUCCUUACACCGAUCAAGGCCAUGGCGGUUACCAACCACGCUCUCCGCCAAAUGGUCCUCCACCUCAGAUAUUCGCCGGUCCUUCCGUCCCCUUGCCACAGCCACAUCCUCAGAAUGCUAGCCUGUCGGCGCCUCAUCCGGCAAUGACUACUUUUCAACCUGACCCUCCACCCGACAGCACUCCAUUGUUUCAUACUCAGGGACCUGGUUUCUUGGACCCUGCGACAGAGCAGAAUAACAUGCUUAACGACUCUCAAAUCGCUGAUACUCAAGAUCCGCCGAACAAUUCAAGCAAUAACGACACUAGCGCUGGUCGGGAUCAAAAGACUGGUGACGAUAAUGCCUGCGAUACCAACAAUGCUGAAAAUAACAAUGCUGGUUGGGAUGAUGGCGACUGGAAUAAUGGGGGAGACGCCAACGAUAACCGUGAUGACUACAACGGGGGCCCGAAUGAUCAAAACCAGAGUGGAAAUGACCAUUCAUGGGACCCAAAUCAGAACAACGGUGGCUGGGAUGGCCGCAAUCAAAAUGCUGGUCGUGGUGGUAACAAUCAAUCCAAUGACUGGAACAAUGACCAAGAUAAUAAUUCGAAUCUCAACAAUCAGUCAAAUCCAGCUGAGCCGCUGCAGACAACUCGAGCUCUUUAUGGUCCUCAUGGUGCUUACUACACCUCGAAAGCCUGUGUCGAAAAUGGCGUUCCGCCUGAUGCGGAGGAAGAGCCAAGAUACGAUGUUCCUCGGAGCAUGGUCGAAGCAAAAGGUAUCUCCAAACAAGUUCAAUCAGGAAAGGGAUACAUCUACACGAAGAAGAGAUGUGUCCCAGAAUACAUCGACAACCUAGAUGAACCAUACGCGAAAUUUGUCUUCAAGUAUCGGACAAAAGAACAACUUAAGAACGAAAUCGGCGUGGACAUUGGAUCCGAGCCCACAGGGAAUGAGGAUGUCAACGCUCUGGAGAACUUGGAUAAGGCAGAACUGAUUCAGAUGGUCCUCAGAGCCAAAGGUGCAUUGGGAGGGUCGAUACCCAGUCCGCCACCAGAGAAAGUCACACCUGCUUCAAUCAACUCUUAUGAACAGGUCCCCGUCACUCCUCCUGAAAUGGAAUUUCUCAGAUACAAUCUGCCACCGACGAGAAAUGUUACCAACCCUGGUCUGGGUAUCCAUCUAUCAAAUCAGUCAAAUGUUCAGAAUCCCGACAGGGGAAAUCCCAAUCAUACCGACUGGAGUAGACAUGGAAAUGCUCAACAAACCAAUGGGAGUAGUGGUGCAAAUAACUGGCGGAAGAACCGCCACCAGCAGAACUCUGGUGGUGGAAACGGUCAAAACAGGGGAGGGGUGGGCUGGGUUCAAACCAACAACGUCGCAAAUAACAACUAUAACAACAGUGGCUGGAACGGACAGCGAAAGACAACUCCUAAGAAGAGUUCAUUCAAUCAGGUACAGGCACAGGCGAAUCAAGCUCAAAAUCAGAAACAACAGAACCUCGACUCGCAGGCCUCGAGGCGUGCUAGAUUUCAAUCUCAAGGCAUGGCAAGCAAGGGGACGACGUACACUCAGACCCCGUCGAACUUACGGCGCAGCUCAGCAAUCAGUUUGUGUGGAGGAAACUGGGCCAAUCCCCCUGCGCCAGCAAAUCUGUCGCCGCAGGUUCAACCUCAAGGCCAGGCUCAACUUCACCCUCCUGGACCAUCAACCGCAUACUCUUUCGUACAGCCCUACGAUGCUGGCGACAGCUGGCCUACGGGACCAAUACUCCCUCCACCACCGCCAAAUAUCGAUAUCACAGGCGUAGGAUUCCUGGGAGGCGGACAGACGCAAUUUACAAAUAUGAAUCUCGAGAAGCCGCCCACGCCUCCUAUCCCGCCUUGUAGUCCAGAGAGCGAGGAUCGUGGCUGGACCAGUGGAGUGAAGCGGACACCUCCUCCUCUUCCAUGGAUGCAGAGCCAGGGCACUGGAGCAGGGAAUUUUGGUGGAGGAGAGGCAGCAGCUCCCCCAGGCGGUUGGUAA